UAACUAUCGUCGACUAGUCGAACUCUCUCAACAGGUUGUGUGCGCUCAAGAACGUCACGUUAUGGGUGAUAAAAAGGUUUGUGGGGAGGCACAGGAGCUGUUGGAAAAUAUUGCACAGUAAUAUGCGCAUACAUACAUAGAUUGGUACAGAGAAAGUAAAUUGAAAGCACAAAAAUGGCUCAACAACAUCUUCGCCAUUGGUGUUUCAACUGUAGGACGAACGCAAAUAAUAUGAAUGUUCGGAAUUUAGUAUAAAAUGAAAUUUGGACAAGGAUUACAUAUACGCAUUGAGUCAGGAAUUACCUUUUACUGUUUAAUUAGUGAAAAAUUAUGUGCCCAAUUUUUUGCAAGUUUAAUAAGCGUACUUAAAAUAGUUGUGGAUGGGUGCACAUCUUAAUUGGUGAAAAACGUAACCUAAUGAUAAUGUGAUGUGAAAAUUUUAAUGAGCAAAAUAGUCAAUGAUAAAAUCAAACUCCUCACAUAUCGAAAGAGAAUUUUAAAUUAUGUAAAAUUCAAUAGUAAAGAAGUGAAAAUUUAGAAAUAAACUUCAACGCUGCAGACUUCCCAUGCAUACAUGUAUACAUACACAUUUCUAAGAAAUUGGUUCUAUUAAGCGUACUUUCUUGGUAGUGUAUAUUUUUGGGAAGCCUAAAUUUAAUAUAAAAGAAUUACUGAACUCUAUUAAAGUGAACCGGAUUUGAGUGGAAGGAACUGAAUGUGCUUUAUAAGAUUUAUCGCUGGAAUACUUACGUAUUCAUAAAACCCUACUAUAAAAUUGUACUAAAAAGUACAAUAAUGUUUUUACAAUGUCGGAAAUCGUCGAUACGGAGCUUCUUGUGAACUGCACAAUACUAGCCGUUAGGCGCUUUGGGCUUAACACCAUUGUGAAUUCAUCCACAUUAAAUAGCUUGAAUCGUUCCGAAAUUAUAAGUCUUCUCUCUGGAAUCAUUGAAAAUAAGGACGACUUGGACAACAUUAAUGAUGCAAAGGAUUUCUUAACCGAGUGCUUAUUUCCAUCACCGACACGACCAUAUGAACUACCAUGGGAACAAAAAACCAUCUGGGCUAUUAUUUUCGGCAUGAUGCUCUUUGUUGCAAUUGCAGGAAAUUGUAUUGUUUUGUGGAUUGUUGCAGGCCAUCGUAGUAUGCGAACAGUAACAAAUUAUUUUUUGCUCAACUUAAGUAUUGCCGAUUUGUUGAUGUCCUCGUUGAACUGCGUUUUUAACUUCAUCUUUAUGCUGAAUUCAGACUGGCCGUUUGGCUCCAUAUACUGCACCAUAAAUAAUUUUAUGGCAAAUGUUACUGUCUCCACUUCGGUUUUUACAUUGGUAGCUAUUUCAUUGGACAGAUAUAUUGCGAUCGUUCACCCUUUAAAGAGACGAACAUCCCGACGGAAAGUACGAAUUAUAUUGUCACUGAUAUGGAUUGUUAGUUGCGUUUUAGCGGCACCUUGUUUAAUGUACUCCAGCACAAUGACAAAGAGAUACUAUAAUGGCAAAUCUAGAACAGUUUGCUUUAUGCUCUGGCCAGACGGCCGAUAUCCAACGUCGAUGUCAGAUUAUGCUUACAACAUUAUCAUCCUCAUACUUACUUAUGGCAUUCCAAUGAUUGUCAUGCUGAUAUGUUACACACUAAUGGGUCGUGUGCUCUGGGGUAGCCGUUCAAUUGGAGAAAAUAUCGAUCGUCAGAUGGAGUCAAUGAAAUCGAAACGAAAAGUGGUUCGAAUGUUUAUUGCUAUAGUUUUAAUUUUUGCUAUUUGCUGGUUGCCCUAUCAUAUGUUUUUCAUAUAUGCAUACCACAAUAAUGAUAUCACAUCCGCCAAAUAUGUGCAGCACAUGUACUUGGGUUUCUACUGGCUGGCCAUGUCGAAUGCCAUGGUCAAUCCCAUAAUAUACUAUUGGAUGAACAAAAGGUUUCGCUUGUACUUCCAAAGGAUUAUUUGCUGUUGUUAUUAUAAUGCAGGCAAACACAAAGUGGACUCCCCGAACAUAAUUGCCAAUAAAAAUAGUUUUCAGAAAACUAUUAGAGUGGAAGGCAAAAAUAUUUGGAAACGCAGUACAAUGGAGACACAAAUACAAGUUGCACAAACAUCACUACGUGAGCGAAUUACUGUGGAGAGAACUCCGAAUAAAGUUGCUACCAACAACUCGCAAGAGAAUGCCAAAGAUAAAUUAAGUUCCCCAGUUUACAUUUCCACCAAUGAUGGUGGCGAUCAGCAUCGAAUUUUAAUUAAAUGUAUUUCCUGUGACGGUGACAAUAAACACGAAGAAAAAAUGAAAGAGAAAUGUACGAAAGAAGGACUAGGAUUGUAAUUACACAGUGAAAUCCAUGCAAAUACGAAAAGUAUUUUACUGAAUAAGCUUUGUAAAAAAAUUUAAAUUAAGUAAUUAAUUUACUCGUAAAAUAUCAAAGUCUACAUACAUAUAUAUUAAGUCUUUUGACAAAACAAUCCAAUAACAUGAUUACAAAAAUUUAUAUGUAAAUAGUCAAAUG